UGUUUCUAAAAAUUGGUGUGUCUUGUGCGGUUGGAUGUCUCUUUCCGCCACCCCAAACAUUUGUCAUGUGUCUUGCUGCUCUCACAGUGCCCUUGAGUUACGGCGGUUCAGCCCUUCUCUCUCUCUCUCUCUCUCUCUCUCUCAUCCAUUCCGUCCCCCACACAAACAUUAACCAAAUCUCUCUCUCUCUCUCUCUCUCUCUCUCUGCGCUGUAUCUUGAUGUGAUUUUAUGGGCAUUGUGCAUGGCAGCAAUGAAUCUUUUUCUCCCUCUCUCCCUCUCUCUCAACCUUUUUCAUGUUGUGUUCUUGUCUGGGUGGUUUGGGUGGGUCACUCUCUAUCUUCCAAUCCCUCUUUCAUCCUAGCUUCCAUUUCACUUUCACAUCCUUGAGACCUUCCAAAUUUUAUGUUUUAAUAAUCACCUCUACCCACCAGUUAGUUAAAGCCCUCUUUGUCUUCUCUUUCUUGUAAUCUUUUCCCAGAAUCUCUCUCUCUCUCUCUCUCUCUCUCUCUCUUCAUUCAUAUUCCAUUCAUUCCAUCUUUCAGGCAUUCAUUUGUGCAAUCUAAUCAUAACCUACUUUGCAGAAGAGAAAAAAAUGGUCCUUCUCAAGAUUCUUACCUUAUUCAUGGCUGCCUUAUUCGUCGCGCCCUCUUUGCAAGCCCGCAAUGUGCCCGGGAAGCUCUACCUCAUCACCAGCGCCCUCGACAAUGUUACUGCCACGCCGGAGCCGCCGCGUCCCCCGCCGGAUCCUCCGGAGAAAUCCAAGUCCGCGCCCUUUAAGCCCAGCGUCGCCGUCAUUGUUGGCGUUCUCACCACGGUGUUCUCGAUCACGUUUCUGUUGCUUCUCUAUGCUAAGCAUUGCAAAGGGGGAAAUGGAUUCUCCGGCAGCGCCGGACGGGGGCCAGCGCCGCCGUCCAUGGCCAGGAAGAACUCCGGCGUGGACAGGACUGUGAUCGAGUCGCUUCCGGUUUUCCGGUUCGGAUCACUGAGAGGCGCCAAGGACGGGCUCGAUUGCGCGGUCUGCUUGAACCGGUUUGAAUCCAUGGAGGUUCUCCGAUUGUUGCCGAAAUGCAAGCAUGCGUUUCACGUCGAAUGCGUCGAUACCUGGCUUGACGCUCACUCCACUUGCCCUCUCUGCCGCUUCCGCGUCGAUCCCGAGGACAUCCUCCUCCUCGGCGCCGACGGCACCCUCGCCGGCGGCCAUCACGACUCCAUUCCUCCACCGCCACCGGAAACUUUGCGGCGAGUGUCCGGCCGGCACUCCUCGGCGGAGAGCCACCGCCAUGGAGGCGCCGGCGACCCCAAUCCUUCCGCGUCACGGCGAUCUCUAGACGGCUGGAGCUCGAGAACGAAGAAGAGAUCGUCCGAGGUCGUCUCCGUGGGAUGCUUCGAUCGGCAGCCUCGGAGAGACGGACUGCUGCUGACGUCGGAGGACUGCGGGAGGAGCUCCGACCGGAGGCGGCUGGAGCACCGAAUCGUGAUCGCCGACGGGGCCGGAGCCGAAGCCGGAGCCGGAGCCAGAGGAAGAAGGUUGCAGCAGAGGUGGAGCGACGUACAGCCGUCGGAUCUGCUGUAUCUACGGUCGGAGAUGCUGAUGAGCGAAAGCCGUCGAUUAUCGUCCUCGGGAUCUCAGCAACAGCAGUUGCUGUUUCCGCAGAAGAAUCAAAAUCUGAAUCGUCUGGCGCCGAAUAAUAAUGAAGGGCCGAGUGGCAGAAGCGUAAUAAAUGAGAGAAGCGUGUCGGAAAUCACGGGGUUGAGCAGGUUCUUGAACCCCACCACCACAGCCGCCGCCGCCGCCGGCAGCAGAACGAGCAACAGCCAGCAUCGGCGUCACCACCACCACCAGCAGUGGUGGCGGAGGCGGGGGAGGGAAGAGCAAGAGCAUAGAGAGGCGGGCGUGGUGUCGAGAUGGGUGGCGUUGGGUUCUCAGCCACAUGUCCGGCCGGCGCCCGCGGCCGAGCAGCAGCAACAGUAGUGCUUAGUUGUUACCACCGUACUAUUUUUUAAUUGUACAGAUAUACGCAUUCAUCACUGCCACGUCAUUUAUCCACUAGACCCGACUCAAGUACGGAUGACUCCAAAUUCAUUUAUUAUUAGUGAAUUUCAGAGAUUUUUUUGUGUAAUAA